CAUGAUUGCGGUUUGCCGUCAACGCGCAGUGAGUAUCUGCGCGCUGUCCGAAAGUGUAUGAGAGCGGGGUCUGCUCUCAAAAGUCGUCGUGGGGUGGUUGUGGUGUCGUUGGUUCGCGGCUGGCGAUCCACCCAAAGCACUCGAGCCGGGAAAUCUGCAAGUGCGGUUCUGCAAUUUUAGGGACGUCUGUGCGCCCGCAGCCUUGACAUCACUCUAUCCCUCUAUCCCUCUUGCCGAGAACGACAAACCCCAUCGUUCAGCUGCGCCAAACAUCGUCCAUGGGAGAGCCAUGAAGCCGUCGCACGACCCCGGACAGGUCACCAAUCCUCUCGAUGUGAUCAAGCAGGCCGCGGGGAUCGGGGGGCUCACUGCCAUCCCCGGAACUGCAAUUGGCGCCUUCUCUGGAACACUUCGGACCCAAACCCCAGUUCUCUUCGCCAUCGCCUCCGGCGUGCAAUGCUUCGCCCUCGGUAGCACCUUCUGGACCGCUCGAACAGCGAUUCUCAAUUCAGAUGGCCUCCUGAACUGGUGGAACGCCACCCGUGGUGUACCUCUACACCCUCGUAGUGACCUGAAACCCACACGCUCGGAGAAAGUCCGCGCAUCUACCAUAGCCGGCGCCUUUACUGGACUCAGUCUCGGUCUGCUCUUCCGGGGACCGCGCAAUGCCCUUCCAGGUACCUUUAUGUUCAGUAUCUUCGGUUAUGCAGGCCAGAAUGGCUACAACUUCCUCGACAAGAAGAACACCGAAGAGAUUGAGGAGGAUGCUCGAAUGGCUGCUCGGGGAGAGAAGAAAAAGAACUUCAUGGAGCGGAUUGCGGAGAUGAAGUGGAGUCCUAUGGAGGUUUUGACAGACGAGCGGUACGAGGAGAUGCUGCAAGAGAAGCUGUUGAAGCUGGAGGCCGAGAUUGCGAUCAUUGAUGACAAGAUCGAGGGUUUCAGACAGAAGGCAAAGGAGAUAGCAGUCAAAAGGGCACAGGAGCAGGCGCAAGCACAACUACAGGUGGAACAACCACCAAAGGCGUAAGGCAGGACAGUGUAAGCUAUGCUCUCAUAAGCCUUCUUCACACCCACGGAUCUCUUAAAUUUAUAUUCUCUUGUAAGAUACGUGUAUGCAACGAGCCGGCAUCCAGCGUCUUAUGGCCUUGCCUGAAGGCCGUCAAUGAUUCAUCAGUUCAACAUCACUUUAUCUUCCUGGACCUCCG